AUGGAGACGCCGGCUGAGGCCGUGAUCAUGGUGGGGCGAAGCGCGUCGCCUGCGUCGACACCCGCGAAAAGAUCGACACGCGUCGUGAGGCCAAGCACCAAAAUUCGAGAAGCCGCGCGACAGCCCGACGAUCUGGCGGAGGAGACAACACGCGCAACUAGGCUUGCAACGCGCAUUGCCUCGGACGAUGUCGCCAUCAGUGACGCGACUGAGCGGCGCAAAGUUGCCAGCAGCAGCAGUGGCGCGAACGAAGGCCGAACCAUGCUCCAGAAAGUUCUCGAACUCUUGAGCGAGUCACGUCAAGAAACGCAAAAGCUCAGGCGAGCGAUAGUUGCGCAAAACGAGAUCAUAUCCAAGCAACAGCAGAUGAUCCAGGAAAUGGAUCAACAAGGGAAAGAGAUGAGAGAUGAGCUUCGUCACAUCCGAGCGCAGUUAGAGACCCUGGCUACGCCCGCAUCUUCUCUGCAGAGCAGUCCGCAGAUGUCGUAUGCGAGCGCUGCAGGGUCAUCGCCGACGAUCCAGACAAUGAACCGGGGCACCGUACCAGCAGCUAAAUCGGCACGAACAGCCGUCAGCGAUAGUCUCUACUGUACGGUGGACACAUCACGAGUCGAAGAAGCGAACAGGUGCCAGACGCAGAUCGGCAACAUCCGAAAGGCCAUAGAGAGCGACAUGAGAAAGAGUCAGAGGCAGGAGACUUGGAAAUGCGCAGCGGUCGUGACAGACGCUCGAAACCCCGACCGGAUCAAAAUUUUAUGCAGAGACCAAACCGAGUUGAAGCAGGUCAAGGAAGCAGCGCAGAAGACGGUAACUUCGGGAGCCAGGGUACUGAGAGAUCAGCUUUACCCUGUCAAAGUCGACAACACCAAGCGUACCGCAGUGCUGGACGCCGAAGGCAACGUUCUGCCGGGCGCAGCUGAGGCGCUCGGAGCCGAGAAUUACGUCACGAUUGCCAAGAUCACCUGGCUUAGCAACAGAGAGAAAGCCAAAGCGUACGGGUCAAUGGUGAUCUAUGUCACUAAAGAGAGUGACGCGCAAAGACUUCUGGACGGCGUGUGGUUCGAUGUUGCGGGAGAGUCCGCCUGCACCAAUGUUUUUGAACGCCGCGUAGGACCGAUUCAGUGCUUCAACUGUCAAGAGAUGGGACACAAGGCGUUUUCAUGCAAGAAGCCGCAAAGAUGUGGCAGAUGCGCGAAAGCAGAACAUCACCACAGAGAAUGCAAGGAGACAGUGCCAAAGUGCGUGCCCUGCGGUGGACCACACGAAUCGUACAGCCGGAACUGUCGGGCGCGGAACCCUGGGGAUGAGACGCAGGCAGCGUCUGGCCCUUCGGGCUAA